AGAACAAGUCCCUCAUCCACCACAUCUUCUUCACUUCACCAAGACAGCGUCAAGGAAAUUGGAGGCUGAGACAAUGGGGACAACUCGUGUCAGACAGCGAUCGAGAUGGGGCUGUAAGAACUGCAAGCUGCGACGGGUGAAGUGCGACGAAAUCAAGCCCAUGUGUCGACAAUGCCAGGCUUAUGGGGUCUCCUGUAGUUUUAGCUUUACUCAAACUAAGACGCAGCCACUUGAACCCGUUAUCGAGCAUGUCUUUGCUCCGCCUCGGCCCUCAGCUGGUUUAGCCUGCUGGAAUUGCCCGACCGAUCGGCUGAUUACCCGAUUCCAACUGCAAAUCGCCCCGACUAUGAGCUAUGGUAAACGGUUGGAUGUAUAUCAAAACCAGGUGGUGGAAUUAGCACAUAGGACGCCGUUCCUUAAGCAUGCCAUCACGACGGUAGCCUUGAUGUACGAGCGCCACACAACAAUCCCCAUCCGAUCGAGUCCCGACUGGGCGGAAUUCUACUACUGGGAUCGAGCCCUGGUUGGCUUCAGUCGGAAACUGUCGCAGAAUCCUCAAUCCGAUGACAAGGCCGCCUUGCUGAGCACGUCCAAUCUUUUAUGGCUACUAGUCUUCUGCCACGUCGAUGCAUCGACUCCAGAAGAGGCUUGGCCGUUAUCCUCCGCUGUGGCUAACGGUCCUACCUGGUUGAGGAUUUCGCGGGGGAAAGACGAAGUCUGGCGCCAGAUGCCGUCCCCGCCGCGAGACUGCAUCUCAGCGGCUCUAGCCCCGGUGGAGAACAAUCCGAUCAUGAAUCGACCCGCCCCACCCCCGGCGCCUCUUCAAGGGGUUCCAGCCUUUUUCCUGCGGUUCUUUGGUUUGGAUACGGGGAAAGAGUCGUUGGCCUAUGAUUGGGUGUAUGAUAGCGUCGCUGUCGACGUUGCGUGGGCGCUGUUCGCUGAUCGAGCGCUUCUGCCGACUAUCUUAAGCUUCGUCACAUUUCUCAGCACCAUGUCUUCCAAGUUCAAGUCGCUAUUGCUGGCGAAGGAUCCUCGGGCGUUGCUGUUGCUGGCCUGCUGGUAUGGGAAAAUUCGCGGACUGGGAGUGUGGUGGAUGACACGACGUACCGUGCUGGAAGGAGAGGCGAUUUGUCGGUAUCUAGAGCGAGGCUAUCCCGACAACCCAGAUCUACAGAAGAUGAUAGUCUUUCUGCGGGCGCUAUGAGUCAAGUCAAGGAGAAUGCUCACUGCCAUGUCCUUUCCUAGGUACUCGAUGUCAAAGGUCUUUUGUCCUGGAACUGUUUGGGGGAUCUUUUUUUGACUGGGUGGGCGUUUGAGCUGGCGAGGGCUUUCAACGUGGCCUAGAGAACGGUUCGCAGUAUGGCCGUGUCAAGAUAAGAUACGGGGUCAAAGGACAAUCCGGAAUAACAAACAGGGGAAAGAAAAACAUACAACAGAAUUUGGAUAUUAAUGCUCACCAAUUUCUUUACUAACCUGUUACUGUCCUAUGCAGGC